UCAGUUCUCUCUCUGCGGUGAUGACGUCUAAUGAACAUCGCUUACGGGCCAAAAUGUUCACCUUUCUACUUCCAUUCCUUCUCAACCCACAUCAAUUUCAAAUGCUUCUCCACAAUUUCCCCUCCUACCCUCCAAAUCCUCUUGAAGAACACUCCCAAGAAACCCAAUUCUCUAGAGUUCUCACUAGUUUCUGCACUCAAAUCCAUUUCAUCAUCCCCUUCAUUAGUCUCUCAUGGGCAGCAGCUACAUUGCCUUAUACUAAAAUCUGGGUUCAACUCCAAUGUUUUCAUACAAAACAGCUUGAUCAGCAUGUAUUCGAAAAAUGGGCUGCUUUCAUUUGCAAAAUCGAUUUUUGAUUGCUCCCGGAGGUUGGAUACGGCGUCGUGGAACAUAAUGCUUGCUGGAUAUGUGAGAUAUGGCCGUCUGCGUGAUGCCAAUGAGAUGUUUGUGAAGAUGCCUCUGAGAAAUUGUGUCUCGUAUACGACUAUGAUCAUGGGUUUGGCGCAAAAUGAGUACUAUGAGGAUGCGAUUGCGCUUUUUAGGGAAAUGAGGUUUUCAGGAGUGGUCCCUGGAGAAGUGACAAUGGCUACUGUUAUCUCGGCUUAUGCACGUAUUGAUGGCGUUGGAAGAUGUUCGAAGUUUUUGCAUGGGUUGGUAUUGAAACUUGGUCUUCAUGCCCCGGUGAUUGUCGCGACUAACUUAGUUCACCUUUACUGCAUGAGUUCGUGUCUUGGUUUGGCCCGAAUACUUUUCGAUGAGAUGAUAGAAAGGAAUGUGGUUUCGUGGAAUGUGAUGCUGAAUGGUUACGUCAAGGGGGGAUUCGUAGAUUCGGCCAGGGAGCUGUUUGAGGGAAUUCCUGGAAAAGACGUGGUUUCUUGGGGUACCAUAAUUGAUGGAUACGUGCAAGUCGGGAGAGUGAGAGAGGGUUUGGCACUCUAUUGUGAAAUGAGGCACACUGGGUUAUACCCCAAUGAAGUUAUGAUUGUUGAUAUAAUUUCUGCUUGCGGGCAAGAUGCAAAAUUUAUUGAGGGUCAGCAAUUUCAUGCAUUAGCUGUGAAGAUGGGGUUAAAAUGCUAUGACUUCGUGCAGGCAACGUUGGUUCAUUUUUAUGCAACUUGUCGAGAAGUUGAACUCGCUUGUUUGCAGUUUGAAGAAGGGAAUAAGAAACAUGUAGCCUGUUGGAAUGCCCUUAUAGCAGGACUAAUUAGAAACAGAAUGGUCAAUGAUGCUAGGCAUUUAUUUGAUGAGAUGCCAGAACGCGAUGUUUUCUCUUGGAGCUCUAUGAUUUCUGGUUAUUCACAUAAUGGGCAGCCUAAUUUGGCUAUUGAACUUUUUCAUGAAAUGGUGGCCAAAGGGAUCAAGCCAAAUGAAAUUACCAUGGUCAGUGUUCUCUCUGCCAUUUCUGGUCUGGGCACAUUGAAGGAAGGAAGAUGGGCUCAUGAGUACAUCAUUAGUAACUCAAUACCGAUUAAUGACAACCUGAGUGCAGCAAUUAUUGACAUGUAUGCCAAAUGUGGGAGUAUCAAUCUGGCUUUGGAUGUGUUUGAUCAAAUUCAAGAGAAAACCACAGACGUCUCACCUUGGAAUGCGAUUAUAUGUGGCUUGGCUAUGCAUGGGCAUGCAGAAGUGUCCUUACAAAUUUUCUCAGACUUGCAGAACCGAAAUAUAAAUCUCAAUUCAAUUACAUUCAUCGGAGUCUUGAGUGCGUGUUGCCAUGCUGGCUUGGUGGAAGCAGGGGAAGUGCAUUUUAAAAGCAUGAAAAAAAUAUAUAGUUUAGAACCAGACAUUAAGCAUUAUGGAUGUAUGGUGGAUCUCUUAGGGAGAGCUGGAAGAUUGAAGGAAGCAGAAGAGCUCAUAAAAAGCAUGCCUAUGAAGGCAGAUGUUGUCAUAUGGGGUACACUAUUGGCUGCAUGUAAAAUGCAUGGUAAUACAGAUAUAGGAGAAAGAGCUGCUGAAAAUUUGGCUAAGGUGGAACCAUCACAUGGCCCGAGUAGAGUUUUACUGUCCAAUAUUUAUGCAGAUGUAGGCAGGUGGGAUGAUGCCUUUUCAGUGAGGAGUGGAAUGCGAAGGGAAAAACUGUCGAGAUCACCAGGUUAUAGCGGUGUUGUGUAACAAUAUGUCAAGAUGAGAGGUUGUAGUGGUGGGGUAUAAUAUUCUGGAUUGCUCGAAGAAAGCUUUCUUUAAGAAAAUCUUAUGAAGCUGCCCCUUGAACUGUUGUAUUAUACUGCAAUACAUUGGAAUAUCUAGUAAGAUUGGAGACGUUGGAAUGUCUGGUAAGAUUGAAGCAGUUCAUACUUUCAUCUUAACCUUCCCGAAGAACUAUUGGGAUUCAAGAAACAAUAA